GGGUCUACUUCACUCUCACACAGCUUUAAAAGGAAGGGCUGCAUCAGCAAAGACAGCAGCUCUUGACAAGCCUAAACCAGCUGAAGAGUGGACAGUUGUAAUGCCUCGUCGCGGGAAACAGAAAAGAAAUUUUCAUAAAGCAAUCCCUGAAUUUCAAACAUGGAGGCGUGAGAGUUGAUGUUCAGUGAUAUUUGACUUUGGGCUUCUUUAUGACUAUCUGAAUAAGAGUUUCCCAAUAAAUAAUUGGACCCUGAGUCUGUUCUUCACCGAAUUGGAAGAGCUUAGAACAAAUAAAUUAUUGCCGCCAGCUUGGUCCUCUCCAUCAAUUUCUCCACUAAAUUGUCCAGGUUUCGCCAAUGUCUAACCCCAAAAAUAAUGUUCCCUGCGAAAAUACAGAAGCCUAUGUCCAGAUUUUAGGGACAGGAAUGGAUACCCACGAAACAUCCCCGUCUGUUCUGCUCUUCUUUAACAAGGAAAGAUUCAUAUUUAACGCUGGAGAGGGAUUACAACGCUUCUGUACAGAGCAUAAGAUAAAAUUAUCUCAGGUAGACCACAUAUGUCUGACUCGUGUCUGCUCAGAGACAGCAGGUGGACUUCCAGGCUUGCUAUUAACUUUGGCUGGCAUGAACAAUGGUAGUCCUGAGAGUACUGGGCAUGUCGAUAUAUGGGGUCCUCCAAAUCUAGAUUUAUUGGUUAAUGCAAUGAAGAAUUUUGUCCCUCAUGCUACCAUGGUCAACAAACAUAUCAUCCCAGACAACAUUAAGAUUCAUGAAAAUGGAUCUGUAUUAGCUCCCUCUUUACAUAUGCUGGAGCUGAAAGAUAAACACAAGUUCAAGGCAGUUAGUAUAUCAGCUAUUCUCCUAUCACCGACUCAGUUGGCUGGAUCUCAUUUUAGGCCAAAUGAUGCCUCCAUUGUAUAUAUUUGUAAACUACAUGACAUCAGGGGGAAUUUUGAUCCCGAAAAGGUUAAAGCUUGCGGACUUAAACAAGGGAGAAAACUUGCAGAAUUGGAGAAGGGGUUCAGUGUGAAGUCAGAUCUUCUGGAUAUUGAGGUCCAUCCAGAUGAUGUUAUAGGUCCACCUAUUCCUGGUCCCAUUGUACUGAUUGUUGACUGUCCAACAGAACCUCAUGCACAAGAGUUACUCUCUGCGCAGGCCCUUGAUGCCUAUUAUACAGAUCCCCAAAGCAACUCCCCAGAGACCACCAAGGUUGUGAACUGCAUCAUUCAUUUGAGCCCUGCUACAGUCGUCAGCAGUCCAGUCUAUGAGAAAUGGAUGAGCAAAUUUGGUUCCGCCCAACAUAUUAUGGCAAGAACUACAAGGAAGCAUGAAACAACUCCAAUUCUAGUAUCUAGUGCUAGAAUCGCUACAAGACUGCAUUAUUUGUGUCCUCGGCUUUUUCCAGCUCCUAGUCUUCCUUCUGUUCAGAAUGACGAUGUUGCAGCACCAAAUUUCAAGGGUUCAGUUUGUGGCAUAUCUGCUGAAAAUCUCUUAAAGUUCACCUUACGUCCUCCUAGACGACUGGGAUUGGACAGAUCAAGUGUUCAAAAUCCGAUGACCUCUUCAGUGUUCAUUGAAGAGUUACUUUCGGAGAUUCCUGAGAUUGCUGAUGCAGCAAAGAACAUAAGCCAAUGUUGGCGCAAACCUAAAGAAGAUGAGGUGGAAUUAUCCAAUAUUCAGGACAGUGGUGAAGUCCCAAGGUGUCUGGAGAAUGUACAGAGAGAUGAUCUGGAGAUUGUUUUUCUUGGCACCGGUUCAUCUAUACCUUCAAAAUACCGAAAUGUCAGUUCCAUCUAUGUUAAUCUUUUCUCUAAAGGGGGUUUGCUCCUUGAUUGUGGAGAAGGAACCCUGGCACAACUCAAGAGGAGAUAUGGGAUUAAUGGUGCAGACAGUGCAGUUAGGAAUCUUAAAUGCAUUUGGAUUUCUCAUAUCCAUGCUGAUCACCACGCAGGUUUGGCACGGAUACUUGCUUUGAGACGUGAUUUGUUGAAGGGAGUAGCCCAUGAACCCAUGCCGGUUAUUGGGCCAGAGCAGGUUGGGGAGUUUCUCAAGGUAUAUGUAAAGUUAGAAGAUCUAGACAUGUUGUUCCUCGACUGUAGGAGCACUAUGGGGUCUAAGCGGGAUAACAUGGAGGAUGACUCUGUGCAUGAUGAAAGUAGAGAAUAUAGAGAUCAUACUCUGUUGACUUCUCUUUCCGAAGACAGUUCUCUGCUGCGCUGUUCAAAAAGAAUGAAGCCAAGCACUCCAGUUGAUGACAUAACAUUGCUAAGGUGUUUCAAGAAAGUUUUGAGUGAAGCAGGGCUAGUGAGACUCAUCAGCUUCCCUGUUGUACACUGUCCUGAGGCGUUUGGUGUCAUCUUGGAAUCAGCAGAAAUAGUGAAUUGCGGGAAAGUAAUACCAGGUUGGAAGGUUGUGUACUCUGGUGACACGAGGCCAUGCUCACAAGUUAUAGAAGCAUCUCUUGGAGCAACAAUUCUUAUACAUGAGGCGACCUUCGAGGAUGGCCUGGUGGAGGAGGCUAUAGCAAGAAACCACAGCACAAUUAAGGAAGCUACAGAAGUCGGACAUUCGGCUGAUGCAUACCGGGUAAUAUUGACUCACUUCAGCCAGAGAUACCCAAAAGUACCUGCACUUGAUGAAGUGAGCAUGCAAAGAACUUGUAUUGCGUUUGACCUGAUGAGUGUAAACCUAGUAGAUUUGCCAGUGCUCCCUAAGGUUCUUCCGCACCUCAAAUUGCUUUUCAGAAACUUUGGUUAAUUUAAAUUUGAAAGUAACGUAUUGUAGACACAACUUCUUGAGUUAUGGACAAUUUUUAUUUUUUGAAACAAUAAUUUUUAUUUUUUUAUAAUGAAAAUACCUCUCUCGAAUUCCUAAAA